GUAGCAGCCUCUGGAACAGGCGAUGUGAAGUGCCUACGUUUUGUGAUGCAAGCACCUACGCAUCGCCAAGCGGUGGGACUUUUUCGGCUUUUUACGCAACCUUGAAUAGCCGACCCCUGCUCUGGGCAGAUGAGAGAUAUUUUUGGUGAAAGUCAGGGCUGUCAUAACGGAUAUCGGGAAACUGUGAGUUGAUUAAAACUGUGGACAUAAUCCUUUUACCUCACCAAGAAACCUCCUCCGCAGCCAAAGUGUCAACCCUACAUCCUGCUCACUGAAGCUCUGUUCCAAGAGAGUGAUCUAGGCUUUGUUUGGUACUAUUCAUCAUUUUAAAGCUGACUGCAGAAGUAGCAGUCCUCCCUGAUCACCAGACCUGAUUUGACCUGUUAAUGGUUUAGCUCAGCCAGCCAGCUUGAUUCCUUCUCCCUGUGUCUGAUUCAGAGAGGAGCUCUGCCCGGCCUCUUCUCCCCACCACCUCCCCUCACAUUGUUGCAGGAGCUGAGCCUCUGCUGCCCAGGGAGGGCUCCCGACAUGUCCACCAAGGCGCCCAUCUAUCUGAAGCGGCGGAGCAGGAAGGGGAAGAAGGAGAAGCUGCGGGACAUCCUUUCCUCUGACAUGAUCAGUCCUCCGCUGGGGGACUUCCGCCACACCAUCCAUAUCGGGAGCGGCGGGGGGGACGACGACCUGUUUGGGGACCUGUCCUUCCUGCAGGGAAAGUUCCACCUUCUCCCUGGGCAGCAGGGCCACAACCUGUCUCAGCGCUCCUCCAUGUACGCAGAGCCCUUCCAGUUCAGCCGUACUGCCAGCGACAGCGGACACACACCCUCCUCAGAGCGCUCCCCCCUGCUGAAGAACGCCCUCUCGCUGCCCGUCAUCGAAGGGGUGCAGGCCAUCACCUUACCAGUCACCUCUGCACCCUCCUCGGCCCGCCCCCAUCCACCUCAGAACGCGCCCCCUCCACCCAAGCCUCCCCGACUGCACCUGGAUGACGAGAUCCUGACGCCCCAUCACCCAGGCCUGGACUCGUCUUCUCCCUCAGCACAGGCUCCCAGCAAGACGUCCCAGUUCUGCCCGCCCUCCCCCAGGUUGUCAUCAGGAGAAGAUGUGUGUGUCCAGGACCCUUAUCUGGAUGAUGGGGACCAGGAGCGCCCCUACCUGUCCCACGCAGGCUCCCUGCUCUCCCUGCACCUGGACCUGGGCCCCUCCAUCCUGGACGACGUGCUGCAGAUUAUGGAUAGCCAGCGCCUCAGUGGCCUCAACGGAACCUGUCUGCAGGGAGGGCGGCAGGAGCUCUACACCUGACCAUGAGAAGCCCUCGGCCCUCUGUACUCUUACUGACCUCCUUAGCGUAUAAGAGGAGGUUCUGACCUCAACCAAGCCUUGCUGGAUUACAAGGCUGGAUUUGUACAGUAGUACGCUCAUAUGAAGUGCUUUUUUCCCCCUGGAACUUAACUUCAGUUGCUGUUAGUGUUUUAAUUGGUAUUGAAUAUCUUUCUACACUUUUCCAUGCAAAUUACUUAAUAUAGUAAGUACGAAAUGAAGUGACCAUGAGCCAAAAGCUGAUACUGUUAAAUCUCCUCUACCCUUCCUCCAAAGAGGAUAUGAAGAAACCGGUGAAAGAAUAUACUGCUGGUCAGGAACUGAGGUCAGCAUGUAUCUGACUGGGAUCAUAUUUGUCAGUGGGAGUGAAAUGGUAUUGUAAAACCUGAAGGUCACAGUUAGAUUUUUUUUUUUUACUGCACCUGAGCUGUGGACUACUGUCUGUGCUCCUGAGAUCACAGUUUGGUGUCUGUGUCACACAGAUUUAUCCAGCUUACAAAGCUGUUCUGGAACUGACAUUCUAUUCAUGGUUGGAUAUACAUUAUCAAAGACAGCGCUUAUGGAAAGAUGAACUGUACAACAGGGAGGGUGUCUGCCGAGUGGCGCAGCGGUCUGAGGCAUCACUACAGACCCUGGUUCGAUUCCAGGCUGUAUCACAACCGGCCGUGAUUGGGAGUCCCAUACUUGCCUAGUUUAAAUAAAGAUUACAUAUAUUUGUUUUAAAUGUCUGCAAGGACAAAGAUCCAGAGUGGGAGAGGAGGUCACAUCCCUGAGUCAGAUGUGUCAUCAUCCAGCUUUUGUUAUUUUUAAUGCAAUUUUUUAAAUUUUUAAUGCAAGAAUGUGAAUGCUGUAACUUUGCAUCAGGAGAGACGAUGAGUUUUGGAGAACUCAGUUCUAUAUCUUUUGACGUUUCAGCAGAUCUACAGAGAGCUGCUUAAACUGGCCCUCGUGCUCUGGUAAUUGAGAUGUUGGACACGUUUGGAGAUUAUCUCACCUCUGUAGCCCUCCAAGUCCUUGUGUUGCUCAAACUAUCUCUGUACCAACACAACGCAGUUCUGAAUCAGACUUUUACCAAUGUUAUUUGGAAUUCUUGUUACAAGAUACAAGGAGAGGGUUUUAAUUUGAGCCAGUUUGCUACAGCAGGAAAAUAAUACUGCAGCAACAGGAAAUGUGAAUUAUUAUGUGGAUCAUCAUUAAUGGACAUUCUUGUAGGGGUUGAUACAUUUUAAAUCUGCAAUUUGUGGAAAUUACAAACUAAUACAGUACAGGAUAGAGUUGCCAGAUCACCAUUUGCUUCAUGGGGUAUACAGUACCAAUCAAAAGUUUGGACACACCUACUCAGUCAAGGGUUUUUCUUUAUUUUGACUAUUUUAUACAUGGUAGAAUAAUAGUGAAGACAUCAAAACUAUGAAAUAAUCAUGUAGUAACCCCAAAAAUAUAUUUGAGAUUCUUCAAAGUAGCCACCCUUUGCCUUGUUGACUGCUUUGCACACUCUUGGCAUUCUGUCUACCAGCUUCAUGAGGUAGUCACCUGGAAUGCAUUUCAAUUAACAGGUGUGCCUUGUUAAGUUCAUUUGUGGAAUUUCUUUCCUUAAUGAGUUUGAGCCAAUCAGUUGUGUUGUGACACGGUAGGGGUGGUAUACAGAAGAUAGCCAUAUUUGGUAAAAGACCAAGUCUAUAUUAUGGCAAGAACAGCUCAAAUAAUCAAAGAGAAACGACAGUCCAUCAUUACUUUAAGACAGGAAGGUCAGUCAAUCUGGAAGAUUAAAAGAAUUUAGAAAGUUUCUUCAAGUGCAGUUGCAAAAACCAUCAAGCGCCACGGUGAAACUGGCUCUCAUGAGGACCGCCACAGAUUGCAGCCCAAAUAAAAUUCAAGUAACAGACAUAUCUCAACAUCAACUGUUCAGAGGAGACUGUAAGAAUCAGGCCUUCAUGUCCGAAAUGCUGCAAAGAAACCACUACUGAAGGACACCAAUAAUAAGAAGAGACUUGCUUGGGUCAAGAAACACGAGCAAUGAACAUUAGACCGGUGGAACUGGUCCUUUGCUAUGUCCUUUGGUCUGAGUCUAAAUGUGAGAUUUUUGGUUCCAACCGCCGUGUCUUUGUGAGACGCAGAGUAGGUGAACGGAUGAUCUCCGCAUGUGUGGUUCCCACCGCGAAGCAUGGAGGAGGUGUGGAGGUGCUUUGCUGGUGACACUAUCUGUGAUUUAUUUAGGCACACUUAACCGGCAUGGCUACCACAGCAUUCUGCAGCAAUACGCCAUCCCAUCUGGUUUGAGCUUAGUGAGGCUAUCAUUUGUUUUUCAACAGGACAAUGACCCAACACACUUCCAGGCUGUGUAAGGACUAUUUGACCAAGGAGAGCGAUGGAGUUCUGCAUCAGAUGACCUGGCUUCCAUAAUCACCCGACCUCAACCCAAUUAAGAUGGUUUGGGAUGAGUUGGACCACAGAGUGAAGAAAAAGCAGCCAACAAGUGCUCUGUAAAUGUGGGAACUCCUUCAAGACUGUUGGAAAAGCACUCCAGAUGAAGCUGGUUGAGAGAAUGCCAAGUGUGUGCAAAGCUGUCAUCAAGGCAAAGGGUGGCUAUUUGAAGAAUCUCAUAUAAAAUAUAUUUUGAUUUGUUUUAACACUUUUUUUUUGCCUACUACAUAUGUGUUAUUUCAUAGUUUUGAAUUCUUCACUAUUAUUCUACAUUGUAGAAAAUAGUAAAAAAUAAAAGGAAAACUCUUGAAUGAGUAUUGUGUGUCAACUUUUGAUUGGUACUGUAUAUAUUUUUUUUUCAAUGUAGCAAUCAACUAGAAAAUGAUAACGGGUUAUUGAUUCUUCACAAACCCAACAAUGAAUGCAUGAUUACUUGCACCCAGAGGUGCAAGGAUUCACAUUAACAUUGUAGAAAAUAUUCUGGAUGAUAGAUAAUAUAAUAUAGAACAUACAUUGGUUCUUUGAUAACGGUGGACCAAUGAUGGUUAGGUUUAUCUUGAGGAUGGACCAAUGGCACAAAACGUUGGAUUCCCCGUUAACACAUUAUACCAAGAUAUACCAUGUUGUAGGAAAACAGACUACAUUUGAGCCUAACGCAUAACACUAUCAUUAUAGUCUCAGAUUACAUUUCUUGAUACUUUGACAAACUCACUAAAGCACUAUAAACCUUUUCCUGCACAAUAAAAUGUUAACAUUUACAACUAAACCUGUUGGCAAGCAUUGUAACAGCAUAGUUCCAGCAUUGUUCCAUGAAUUAAAGUUUUUAAACUGCUCUAAUUUCUAUGUUUACUUUUGGAUCUCAACUCAUCAGGCCAUAACUAUCAACAUAUAAUGUUCUCUUCCAUAAAAUCCACCCUGUGCAUGGUUUAUGUGAUUUCUAAAUCAGCUGGAAAAGACUCCAUAGCUGACAUUUUGGGAAGAGGACUGUAUUAGUAGACAUAUGCUUCAAUUCAGAGAGAGAGGCAGAGAGGAUGUGAUAAGAUGUACUGCAGCACAGUCUGUCUGUAGCCCGAGCCUGGUCCAGAUACUGGAGCUGUCCUGCUGACUGUGGCCAGGCCAGGACGGUGUUACGUAAGACUGUGUCUGUUUACUCUGGAGCUCUGCUUGACAGAUAUGCAGCCAACUCCUCAGUACAGUACACCAGCCUCCUCUGCAUCGUGAAAGACUGAUGGACUAAUGUUGACACUAAUAACCUUCACUGGCUUUUACAAUCUAGUUAAAGUCGUUGUGUACAGUAUACGACUACGUGAACAUACUUUGGUCUUCCUUUUUUUUUUUGCUGUGAAAUAUGCUAUGCCUCCUACGAUAAUUGAACUCAAGUUAUUUUGGCAUGUUUCACAUUGUAUCUAUCUACUUGUCCUGACCUCCAAGUAGCUGUUGGUUGUUUUAGAAAGGGAUUGCAGCAUACAGAACCAAACACAUAUCGGAAUCACCAGAUAUGAGGCUACACGCAGGGAACUAUAGGCACCAAACUUAUCAAAGUUUUGUAGAUGUCUCUUACAUCAUAACCUUUGCUGAUCUUCCAUUUUUGCACAAUAAUUAUGUGUUUGAUGAUGACUUAUCAUGCUGCUAUCAAUUGGCGUAUUUUACGUACUGGGACAAAUUAUUUACUGGCGUCACAAAAUUGAUUACAAGCUGUAAUUGAAUAAAUGCAAUAUUAUGGUUAGAAGAAAAACGAUGUCCAUGUUUUGUCUUUUCUGUUGUUUGCCAUGGCCCAUCCAGUUUAAUAGCUCUGGGAACACCACUGAGACGGGCCCUGCAGGGGGAGGCUCUC